AUGCAAAUUUUCGUUAAAACUCUUACCGGCAAGACCAUCACCCUUGAGGUUGAGUCUUCUGACACUAUUGACCAAGUUAAACAAAAAAUUCAAGACAAGGAAGGUAUCCCACCAGACCAGCAACGUCUUAUUUUCGCUGGUAAACAACUUGAAGACGGUC